GCCAGCGCUCCUUCAUUUCCCCUGAGCUUUAGUUUAUUCUAGUAUCCAACACCAUGAGCAGUAAUAUAGAGAGUGUGUGGGUCUUUGCACUUGUAUCCAAAUGCCAAGCUUUUUCACAAGAAAUUAUUGCAUGGUCACUUUUUAUCAUCGCUCUUGUCUGGCUAGUUAUAAUCUUAGUGUACUGGGCUCACCCCGGUGGUCCAGCUUGGGGAAAACAUAGGUUCAAAAAAUGUUCCUCUCUUUUCGUUGCGAACAAGCCAAUUCCGAUUCCAAUUCCAGGGCCAAGAGGGUUUCCUAUAAUUGGCAGCAUGAAUCUUAUGGCCAGCUCCCUGGCUCACCACCUGAUUGCAUCCGCUGCCGAGACAUGCAAAGCCAAGAAGCUCAUGGCCUUUAGCCUCGGUGAUACUCGUGUUAUCGUCACCUGCAAUUCCGAUGUAGCACGAGAGAUUCUUAACAGCUCUGUAUUUGCUGAUCGUCCCGUCAAAGAGUCGGCUCAUAGCUUGAUGUUCAACAGAGCAAUUGGGUUCGCUCCUUAUGGAGUUUACUGGCGAACACUGAGAAGAAUCGCAGCAACUCACCUUUUCUGCCCUAAGCAGAUUAAAGGUGCAGAGGAGCAGAGACACAUCAUUGCCUCUGAAAUGGUCACGUUAUUCGCUCACAAUAGCCGAAGCUUCCGCGUACGCGAACUGCUCAAGCGAGCUUCUUUAAACAAUAUGAUGAUUUCGAUAUUCGGACAAAACUAUAAGAUGGAUUCCAAAAAUAAACAAGUUGAACAACUCCAGGCACUAGUCGAUGAAGGCUACGAAUUGCUCGGCACAUUUAAUUGGUCCGACCAUCUUUCGUGGCUGGCAGAUUUUGAUCCUCAGAAGAUUAGAGUCCGAUGCUCCAACCUCGUACCUAAAGUUAACUGCUUCGUCAACCGAAUCAUAGCCGAACACAGAGGCCAAGCUCGAGUAAACGUAAAAACUAGAGAUUUCGUCGACGUUUUACUCUCUCUCCAAGGUGCCGAUAAAUUAUCAGACUCCGAUAUGGUCGCCGUUCUAUGGGAGAUGAUAUUCAGGGGAAGUGAUACUGUGGCGGUACUGAUGGAGUGGAUUCUAGCUAGAGUUGUGCUUCAUCCUGACGUUCUAUCAAGGGUGCAUGAUGAGCUCGACAAGGUCGUUGGCAGAUCACGAGCCGUUGACGAGUCUGAUUUAACGAACAUGAUUUAUCUUCCAGCUGUGAUCAAAGAGGUUUUGAGGCUUCACCCGCCAGGCCCACUACUUUCCUGGGCUCGUCUAGCCAUCACCGAUACAACCAUUGACGGGUUUCACGUGCCCAAGGGGACAACGGCAAUGGUGAACAUGUGGGCCAUCACGAGGGACCCAAACGAGUGGGCGGACCCACUUGAAUUUAUGCCCGAAAGAUUUGUGACGAAGGAAGGUGAUGUGGAGUUUUCCGUGCUCGGUUCGGACCUUAGACUGGCUCCAUUCGGGUCGGGCAGGCGAGCAUGUCCGGGAAAGACCUUGGGGUUGACCACCAUCACCUUUUGGGUGGCGUCUCUUCUGCACGAGUUUGAAUGGCUACCGUCGGAUCAAAAUCCGGUCGACUUAUCCGAGGUUCUAAGGCUUUCAUGUGAGAUGGCCAAUCCUUUGUGUGUCAAUGUUCGCCCCAGGCGUACGUUAAGCUUAUCUCAUUAAGGUUAUUAACCGCAUUUGUGUUCUGGAAAAUGAUGUUUUAAAGACAGCGAAAUAAAUGGGAGUCAAAGACAGAGAAUACUACUUGUAGCAGUUAAAAUGCAGAAGGUUCAUAAUAUCCAA